UGUUUUUUCAUAUUAUUGUUAGCAAGGCUAGACUAAAUAUCAAAUACAACUACGUUCUCGUCAUCUCAGUAUUUUAUUUCUCGUUGGUAAAUUGGUACACCAUUAAAACAGCUGUGAACUGGUCAAGGUCACAUUUCCACUAUAAACUGACUUGAGAGAAGAAUUAGCGGAAAAAUAGAAAAAGAGUGUGAAACAAAAACGCGUGGCUGAGAAAAUGAGCACAGGACAAAAGCGAACCUCUGGAGCAGUAAAAUCACUGAAUGGGGAAGGAAGUGGACAAGCAAAGGCACCAAAAGGAUCCCCACCCAUUAAAAAAGCAAGAGGUUCAAAGGUUGCAGAAUCCCCUGUGAUUGCAGAAAUAAGCUCCAGUAGUAGUCCUGUAAAACCAGAAACAUUGGUAGACAUUUUUUGUGACCCAGAAAACCCUAAGAAAGUUCAGUUCCAAGAUGUUAGUGCUGCAGCUUACAAAAUUAAAACUGGAAUUUUUCAUACACCAUGUUCUAAAUCCAGACUGUCAAGUCAACUGGGAAUGAACAUCUAUUUUAAAAAAGAAUUCCUACAAUUUACUGGAAGUUUCAAAGAAAGGGGUGCUAGAUAUGCUUUGUUAUCUUUAUCACCAGAACAAAAGAAAAUUGGUGUGAUAGCAGCCAGUGCAGGGAACCAUGCCUUAGCUUUAUGUUACCAUGGAGUUGACCUUGGUAUCCCAGUAACAGUUGUCAUGCCAAAAAUAGCUCCAUUGAUGAAAGUUACAAAUUGUAGAACCUAUGGAGCGGAAGUCAUUAUACAUGGCAAAAGUAUAUUUGAGUCAAGAGAGUUUGCAAUGAAGAUGGGGAAAGAAAAUGGAAAGAUGUAUAUUAAUGGGUAUGACCACCCACAUAUUAUAGCAGGACAGGGAACUAUGGGAUUGGAGAUAUUAGAACAAGUACCAGAUUUAGAUGCCUGUAUUAUACCUGUUGGAGGCGGUGGGUUGCUGGCAGGGACAGCUUUAGCCAUAAAAAAUCUAAAACCAAGUGUCCAAGUCAUUGGAGUAGAGUCUGAGAAUUGUCCCAGUUUUUCUGCCUCACUGAAAGCCAAGAAGGCUGUAUAUACAGAGUCCCUAUCCACUUUAGCUGAUGGUCUUGCUGUGCCACUAGUUGGAGUGAAUGCAUUAGAAACAGCUAAAGAUUAUACUGAUAAAAUGGUUGUAGUCAAGGAAGAGUCUAUAGCCUUAGCCAUACUUAGACUUAUAGAAGUAGAGAAGUCAGUUAUAGAAGGAGCUGGUGCCGUAGGAUUAGCUGCUGUUAUAGAGGGAUUAUUACCAGAACUCAAAAAUAAAAAAGUUGUAAUAGCACUAUGUGGAGGUAAUAUAGAUACAACAAUUUUAGGUCGUGCCAUAGAGAGAGGUUUAGCAGUAGAUGGUAGAUUAGUGCGAUUUGUUGUAACAGUCAGUGACAGACCUGGAGGCAUAGCUGAACUUGCCAAGUUACUAUCUCAUAAUGGUGCUAGCAUCAAGGAUAUGUUUCAUGAAAGGGCUUGGUUGAAAUCUGAUGUAUUCUCUGUGCAGGUUAAAGUUGUAGCUGAAACCAGGGACCAAGAACAUGCAGAUGAAAUACACGCAAUACUAAAAGCUAAUUACAAGCAGGUGGCCUGGGGUCCAAGAUAUUUUUAGAUUUUGUUAGUUAUAAGUGUGAGUCAGGGAUAUUAAAUGACUAUUUAUUUCUUUGUUAUCAUGCUUUUUAAUGAAUUGUUAUAUGAUGUUUUAUUUUUUGGAAUUUUAGAAUCCUUGAAUACCAAAGAUGAAAUAUGAGUUUAUAUUUUACAUGUGUAUUGUUCAUUUGAUAUUAAGGUGCCCACUACUCAUUUAUGACCAGAAACUUUGUAGCUGGCUUUACUUAAGGUUGUGUGUUUUUGAUUGAUUUUUAAAGACAUUUUAUGACCAGUUAAAAGAUUUGUCAUUUAUAAUUAUUUAUAGAUGUUAUAUUCUGUUAUUUGCCAUAAUUAUUCAUUAGCCUUAACUAUUAUAGUUCUAAAAUAGUUUUUUUCCACCAUUUAUGCUGCAUUUAGUAUAAAAAUAAGCAGACACGUGUGAUUGCCAUAAAGAAUCCAGCAUUGCUGUUUCAUCAUGGUCAAUACUUCACAGCACAUCAUUACAGAUUUGCAAGCUUAGUAGUCUACCAGUCAAGUAAUAGUAGUUACAAAGUGUUAUUCUAUUUCUUUUGGUAGUUUAUAAUCUCCCUUUUUUCAAAUAUUUACUGAAAUUAUCAGUGACAGAUCAAUCUCGAGGAUCCUUUGUUGAACUGACAUUAAUAUAUGAUUGAUCAUGUAGAAUUAAUUUGACACCUUUUGAAGGUUGGAUCUGUAUCAGAUAUUUGUUUUGGUUAUAAAAUGCAGUAUUUUUUUCUAAAGCUAAAAAACUUGAUGAAUACCUCUACUUGAUUUCUGAUAAAAUUACAUGGAAAGCUUGGAAUGUACUUAAUUUUUUAUUUUAUGUAGAAAUGUACACCAAUUAUCAUUGCCUAAAUUGGGCUAUCAAGUGUAUGAAUCUUUAGUCCAAAGUUUGCCAAACAGUGACAUAGGAAUCUCUGAAAUGUAAGACGCAAAAUGAAAAUUCUGUAACGGUAAUUACAUUUUGGAAAAAUUAGAUAUAUUGAAACCAAGGAACCAACUUCAUCUUGAUUUAGAUUAAUGUCCCAAGAUAUGCCUAUCCUUGCAGAGUAUUCAGACACCAUGCUUAAUCCAACAUUUUUUCUGGUCCCCAAGUGUGUCAGAUAAGGCAGAUUACACUGUAUAAUUUGAUGUUGUUAAAAUUUGAUGUUAGACAACAUUCUUGCAGCACCCCAGCAUAAAGUGCCAGUAUUUACUAGUGUUGAACAAAUAUUUGAAUGUCUCAGCUACCACAAUAUGUACAUUGUAUAUACAUAUAUAUUUAAUUGUGAGAUUUACAUAUGUAUUUCAAUCAUUUUGCUAUACGAUUUUUAUUUAUGAAUCUCUAGUUUAUUAUGGACCACAAGUAUGUUAUCUAUUGUUUUAUUUUAUUCUAUUUCUUUUUUAAUGGUUAAUUGAAUUUUUGCAGUUAUUAAAACUAUUCACAUUUGUGAAAACACAUUUACUUCUACAGAGAUUUUUUUGAUAUAGGUAAGAAAUAACAUCAGAAAAGAAAAUCUUCAUGAUAUAACAAAUAGUCAUUGACACAUUGCAUUGUAUAUUUCUAAAUCAUAAAAUCAUGAAAUUGAUUUGUAUCUGAAAUCAAUACUCACUUUGUGCAUGCAUAGUUUUUAAUAACAACUGAGUGAACAGUAGAAGGCAUCGAAACUGUAUGUUUAUAUAAAUAUGGAUAGACAAUACCAAGGAGAAAUUCAAAACGCAUCAGUUAAAAACUGACAACUCCAUGGCAAAAAACAAAAAAAGACGACCAAAUCUACAAAAAUCCAAAAGUCUUAAGCAUGUAGCAACUGUAAAUAUCACUUGCUUUUGAAGUAGAUAAUUCAGAUUUGUGCAUGAAUAUUUUCAUUUACAUCUACCCAUAAUUGUUUUAUUUUAAGUGAUAGAGUGCUUUCUCCACAUUUUUUGUAAUUUGAUUAAGAAUUUGGCGUUUUGGUAGCAAGAUUUGAUAUUAUGUUAACACUGUAACAGUUGUUAGACAGUAUUUUAGUUGUUAUUUGUUAAAUUGUUUCUUUUUAUCAGGAAACUAUUAAUUUCAAUACACCAAAUUUGUAAUAA